AGUGAAAAUCAGUAGGGGAAACGCGAACUGUGGUGGGUGACGAGCUCACUAACAGAACAACUGCAUUGCAAGGUUGCUGUGCACGGACCACUCUUCUGAUUGGCACCGUGCUGAUUAAGAAGACUCAAUGUUGCUUACCUAAACCAACAUUGAAGUUGCCGAGGCAUCUCAUCUGUGUUCAGUCGUUUCAACAGCAAGAGCUCUGAUCAAGUCUGCUUGUUCUUUAUUACAAGACCAAUGAAAUACUUGGGUCAAUUGAAGCUUGGAUUUUAAUAAUCCAAAGCUUGCGAACCAAGUAUUGCAAUGGCGACUCACAGACAACCUAAAGUGAUCCUAUUCGACAUCGGCGGCGUUUGCGUUAUCUCGCCUUUUCAGUCAAUAUUAGACUAUGAGCUGAGUCUAGGGAUUCCGCCAGGAUGGAUCAACUAUUCGCUUUCGAAAACAGCACCCAAUGGGUUUUGGCACAGACUAGAGAAAGGCGAGAUCCCUCUGAAUGAUGCAUUCUAUGCCGGCUUUCACGCGGACCUUCAUGACCCUGCGAGGUGGGACGCGUUUUACAAGGUUCAGCAGUCAAAGAACCCAAGUCUUCCUAUUAAGGUUCCUCCGGUACCAAAGAUCGAUGAACGUUGGCUCUUCAAUGAUAUGAUGACAUCCUCUACCGCCCCGGAUCCGUGGAUGUAUCCGGCCCUGAAAAACUUGAGGAAGAGCGGAAAGUUUAUUUUGGCCGCGCUCAGCAACACUGUCAUCUUCCCUCGCGGCCAUCCACUUUAUCGAGAGGAUUUCUUCUCCGAACCUAUUCGAAGUCUGUUCGAUGUCUUUGUAUCGUCGGCGCAUGUGGGCUUAAGGAAGCCGGAUCCUAAGAUCUACGAAUACGCCCUCAACAAGGUAGACAAGACCGCCAAACUCUACGCCAAGAAGGGAAAAGGUAUAUCGUUAGGCUGGCAAGAUGGUGUCAGACCUGAUGAGAUUGUUUUCCUCGACGAUAUUGGCGAGAACUUGAAGGCAGCUAAGGCACUAGGCUUCCGAACCAUUAAGGUAUCUCUAGGCAGGUCGUACGAGGCAGUCGAAGAGCUAGAGGCUAUUACUGGGCUGAAGUUAGCCGGCAAUCGUCCUAAGAUACCUAUUACACCUCAGUUAGGGGGUUCAAAGGCAAAAUUAUAGCUGGAUAACUGUUUACAAUAAACUACAAUCGGCAUCCAUUAUAUGACAUUUCCAGGACUGCUUUCGGGAACAAGAUCAUCACGCUUCCGUAGCUUAUACCCUUAGGGUGUACUUACCCAAGGAUUGCUCUCACUUUUCUAUUACGCUAGAUAUCCAUUUAUGUAUGAAGAUAUCGCAUACAUAAUCAAACUCGAUUCAGAUAUUUGAAACAUAGAAUGAUGUUCGAGAAAAGUAUCAUCGUAAUUACACAUGUAGUUAUUAUCUCCGGGACCAAAUUAGCU